UGGUGGCCGAGGCGACCGUUAUCGCCUGUCGAUUGGGCGACGUUUGCUGUUGCACCUGCCCGGGGAGGGCACGCAGCCACAUUCUCAUGGCGACUUGAAGACGGCCUCCCCUCAGCUGAGAUGGCGUCCACGCUCCCGACAUCCGACCCCCAGGAGCCAAUACUAUUUGAAGAUCUGGCUGUGUAUUUUUCUCAAGAGGAGUGUGUAAGUCUGCACGCUGCCGAGAGGUCCCUUAGCAGAGAGUUCACUCAGGAGUGUUUCAAGGAUGUGGCCUUGAUGGGAGGGGAAACCAACACUGAUGUUAAUGAGCAAUUAAGCCUAGAGCCCAUGGAAAUUGAAAAGGUUUCCCUAGAAAAUCACUCCACUGCUACACCCUUAGUCAGUUACCCACAAAAUUCCUCUGAGCGUAGAGAUGGAAUCCCUGAAAGAAAUAUAUCAGCGGGAACGUCCACUUACAAGAAAAAGUUAAGAAGCCUUCUAAUUACUAUUGAAAACCAUACUCCAUUAGUAGAACUGUCUCAAUGUUUAGGAGUCAAAGCACUUUCUGAAAUUAUUGAGUUUCCCCCAGAAGAAACCAAAAAUGAGUACAAGUGUCCUGAAUGUGACCAAAGCUUCAGUGAUAAUUUAUAUCUUGUUUUGCACCAGAAAAUUCAUUCAAGAGAGAAAAAACAUAAAUGUGGUGACUGUGGGAAGAGCUUCAAUUAUAAAGCCAACCUGAGUACACAUGAGAGAAUCCACACUGGAGAGAAGCCUUAUAAGUGUACCAAAUGUGAUGCCAUCUUCCGCCAACAAUCACAUCUGUCCCGGCACAUGAAUAGCCACGUGAAGAAGAAACCCUAUACGUGUGGUAUUUGUAAGAGAGGUUUUAUGUGGCUCCCAGGAUUAACACAGCAUCAGAAAAGCCAUGCUGCUGGAAAAGAAUAUGAACAUGCUAACCGUGGGAAAUCUUUUGGUCAGAAAACAAAUCUGGCAUUGCCUGAGAAUACUUACACACCAGCAGCCCAAUACCAGCACGGUCAGUGUGCAAAGAGCUUCCAACAGCAUAUAUCGUACCCUCUUCUCCCCGAGAAGGGCCGCAAGAAAGAGUCUGAACAAUGCAGUGUUGAUGAUGAAAACUUUUUUUCAUUCUCCAGAUUCAAGCCUUUACAGUGUCCUGAGUGUGACAUGAAAUUUCCUUGUUUCUCAGAGCUUGUUUCUCAUCAGAACAUUCACAUACAAGAAAAGCUCUAUAAAUGUGAAACAUGUGCACAGAGUUUUGCUUUGGAUUCAGAACUUGCAUGCCACCAGAAGAGCCACAGGCAACAGGAGCCUUUUAAAUGUUCUGUUCGUGGGAAGAGUUUUAAGGUGAAUACGCAUCUCGUUAAUCAUAAGCGAACCCACAGGAAAAACACCCUGUAAAUAUAGUAAGUUUUCGUUAAUGUUUGGGUGUUUCAGUAUCUGUAUGACAGGAAAUUAUGUGCCAAGCACAGUGCUAAGCACUUUAUACACAUUCCAUGUAAUAUUUCAUUCUUAUCACAGCCCUCAUAUAGGCUGUAUUAUUUCUAGCUUAGAGUUGAGGAAGCAUAAGCAAUGUCACACAAAUAGUGACAAAGCUGGGAUCCAAACUCAGUUACUCAUCAAAUUCCAUUUGAACAUACUAGAGAAACACUUAGAACUUCUUGGUUUUUGUCUUGGUGGUGCUGGUUUUGCACAAAUGCUCUACUACUGAGCUAUAUCUUCAGCCCCCACAAUUUUUUUUUAAAGUUCAA